GCAAAUCGGCUACAACCCUGAAAAUUAUUGUUUUGGUUCUUCCUCUUCCGUUGCCGGUUCAGAAAUCGCUUUAAAAAGUGGAAAAUUAUCAUUGCACAUUUAGUGCUCAAUCUUGUAAUAAAGAUAAAGGCGAUAAGACUAAAUUUAAAUUACAUGCCGGCAAAAUGCAAAUGUUAAGAAACUACUGUCGAUCUUAUCUUAAAAACAUUCUCCCCCGAUACUGUUCAACAAAGAAAAAUGAACCUCCAAAAGCGACACCCGAAAUGAAACAACCACAGGAACCUGAUGACCGAGAGCCGAUUGUGGUAGAAAAGGAAAGCAACAUAACACUGAUCGGCAUUAAUCGUCCAAAAGUGAGAAAUGCAAUCGAUGCCGCUACCGGUGUUGAGUUGUCGAACGCAAUAACAGCCUUUGAGACCGAUCCUACGGCGGACGUCGGUAUUCUUUACGGUGUCGGUGGGACAUUUUGCUCGGGAUACGAUCUAUCCGAGCUAUUCGCGUCCCAUAACACCGGUGCGGAACGUUCGAACGUCCUCAAUCCGGAGGGUGUGAUGGGACCGACGAGAAGAAUGAUCAAAAAACCGCUUAUCUGCGCAAUCAGCGGUUACUGUGUGGCCGGCGGAUUGGAGCUGGCCCUAAUGUGCGACCUGCGCGUGAUGGAGGAGAACGCUGUACUUGGAUUCUUUAACCGGCGCUUCGGUGUGCCCUUGAUCGACGGUGGCACCGUCCGGUUACCAGCUUUGAUUGGUUUGUCACGUGCACUCGAUAUAAUGCUCACCGGAAGGGCGGUCACGGCAAAGGAGGCGCUGGAAAUUGGACUGGUAAAUCGAAUCGUUGCUGUCGGGGCAGGCCUUGGACAGGCAUACAAUUUGGCGAUGAGCAUAGCCAAGUAUCCGCAGCAUUGCCUUCGUCACGAUCGAGCGGCAGCCUACUAUGCUGCCUUUUCUGCACAAUCAUUCGAGGAUGCUAUACAAAGGGAGACACAAACCGUAACCGAUGAGGUCCUGGCGGAAGCGCGGACAGGUGCCGACAAAUUUCGAUCAGGUAUAGGUCGGGGAGGUAGCUUCAGUGGCAUUAAGGAGCGAACGAUACCGGACUGGGAGCGUUCCGAACUGGGGUUUGAAUCAAAGCUUUAGCGUAUUUUAAGAGGGUAAAGUAUUUUAAGAAGAAUUUUGGAUUUUUCGGUUAAACAAAAUUGCCGAAGCCACUAAAGUAAACUUUAUAAAUCGGUUGAGUGUUCCAGCCUCUAAUAUUGUGAUGUGUACGGUUGUUAGUAGACCAUUCAAAUGAAAUUAAACACGAACGAAGAAACCUCGCAGAAAACCCUUUUUUUUAAAUAGACACUAAAAGAAU